ACACCCCCAGCGCGGCACAUGAGAUCCAGCAGUGACCUCGGUCGCUACAGGAGCAAGUACCAGCCAGAGCCUGUCUGCGUCCCCAUCCCCGGCAGUGACCAGAAACAUCAGGUCGGAGGCUUCGGGGUGUCCCUCUUGCCCCAGGCGUACCCUUGUGGCAUGGGUGGGGUGCAGACAGACAUGAGCUCCCGCUGGCUGCCUGCUUCCUUCCUGCCUGGAAAUAUAAUCCGUACUAUCCGGGACCCGGAGAAACCGAACACGUUAGAAGAACUGGAAGUGGUAACGGAAAGCUGCGUCGAAGUGCAGGAGAUCGGCGAAGAUGAGUAUCUGGUGGUCAUCAGGUUUACACCAACAGUACCUCAUUGCUCUUUGGCUACUCUCAUUGGCCUUUGUUUAAGAAUAAAACUUCAGAGAUGUUUGCCUUUUAGACAUAAGCUGGAAAUCUACAUAUCGGAAGGUACACAUUCCACUGAAGAGGACAUCAACAAGCAAAUCAAUGACAAAGAGAGAGUAGCAGCUGCGAUGGAGAAUCCAAACUUGCGUGAAAUCGUGGAGCAGUGCGUUACGGAGCCUGAGUAGUAGCUAUAAAUACCCACAGAGUUACCAUUUUGAUACAUUUCUUAAAAUAUCUUUGUUUAAAAAAAGAAGAAAAUAAUAAUCAAGGCCUUGAGUUUAAUACUUGAGUUCUUUUUAUCUUCCACGUGUUUUUCUAAGAGAAAUUGUUUAUAAGAUAGAUUUAAAUUAUGAUGAAUCCGUCUCUAAAGUGAAGUGUAUAG